ACCCAGCGUCCUCCUGCGCAUGCAUGCGACCCGACCGGCGGAUUUCAUAACGUGGGGAGGAAGAGGAGGAAUGGGGCUUUAAGAGAGCGGAUGAGCACCAGCCCCCUCGGUCCAGGCUCUCAUGCACCAACAGCGUUAUCUCUAUCCCGGGCCGCGCAGACGGUGCGCUACAGAGGAGAUACGGUAAGUGGAGGAGGCUGCUGAUGCUGCUCUCCGAUCAGCUGUUUUUUUUUGUCUUGAGCAUCAUCGCCGCGACCGCGGCCAGAGAGACCGAGACUCGAGCAGCUCCGGAGCCCUAGGGGACACCACCGCAGACCGGAUAACGGAGGAGGAUGGACUUCAAGCGUCUGGUGGAGGCGGCGGAGAAGUGGUGCUCCGGUAACCCGUUCGACCUCAUCUUCGCGGAGGAGGACGACGAGAGGCGGCUCGACUUUUACGCGGAGCCCGGCGUCUCCUUCUACGUGCUGUGUCCCGGAGGCACCGACAGUUUCCACGUGUGGAGCGAGAGUGAGGACUGCCUUCCCUACCUCCAGAUGGCCCAGGACUACAUCUCCUCCUGUGGGAAGAAGACCCUGCUGGAGGUGCUGGAGAAGGUGUUCACGUCCUUCAGGCCUCUGCUGGGUCUGCCGGACAUAGAGGACGACAGCUUCGAGCAUUACCACGCCGACAUGGAGGGGGAACCGGGGCCAGACCACCAGCAGAUGGGGGUCAGCCAGCAGUGAUCCCCCCCCCCCCCCCCAAGACGGGGCCUGCGGCUGUGGGGAAGAGCGGCUCAUCGACUGGUCCACCCAAACACUUAGCAGCACACACACACACACACACACACACACACACACACACACACACACACACACACACACACACACACACACACACACACACACACACACACACACACACACACACACACACACACACACUGGGGCUACGUGAGCAACUAUCGUAAUCAUUCACUAUCUGGUUAGUUAAAGUUCCACAGCGCAGCUGUAUUACAGCAGCAGCCUCAGCCGGCUUCGUUAUGCAGAAAAACAAACAGUCAGCUGUCUGUCCUUCUGUACACAUGACAUCUAUUGUUCUGUCCAUCCUGGAGAGGGAUCCUCCUCUGUUCUCUCCUGAAGGUUUCUUCCCUUUUUCCCCCCUGAAGGGUUAUUUGGGAGUUUUUCCUGGUCCGAUGUGAGGUUUUGGGGCAGGGAUGUCUAUGUGUACAGAUUGUAAAGCACUCCGAGACAAAUGUGUAAUUUGUGAAAUUGGGCUAUACAAAUAAACUGAAUUGAAUUGAAUUGAAUUACCGCAAUGCACCCCCCCCCCCCCCAUCUUUGGAGAUAUGAAUGUGACGGAUUACCUAUUGUCUCUGCUGUCUGUCAGUGGACACAGAGGACGCCCCAGAGCUCGUGUUAAAGACACAUGGGGUGGGAAAACUGACAGUUUGAGUGAGGCAACAGAUACAGAGGGAAGGAAGGAGGAAAGGAGGCGUAACAUUUUCGACUUCACGGAGGUAAAAAACGGGGAGGGAGCUGAGACAUUAGAGUCGGAUGAGGGGAUGAGGGGGGGGGGGGAGCUCUCGAGCGAUUUCAAUUGCAGUUACUGUGACUGGGUUAUAAUCCAAAGCGGUUUUUUUGGUUCACCUGGAGUGUGAGUCGGAGUGUGCAGCUCCACGGCGGCACAGAUCACUCCUCCAGGUGUGUCUCCCAAAUGCACCUUUAAAGAGUUAAGCGUCACUAAAUGAGGUCGCUUUUAAUCGAUGUUGCCACCACGUGACCAUCACAAGGCCCAGGCUGCAGCUUUAAGCCCGCCUCGCUGUGUCACGUGACCACUCAGCCCUCCUGUCCCGUAGUCUUCCCGGUUGUCGUGAUUACCGGUCUGAUGAGACGCCUUCCUGAAUAGAAAAUAAAUCGUUCUCUUUUCCGCGUGUGGUGUUUUUUCAAUUGACCGAAACGCCUUUUCGAGGGUUUUUUCCCCUUAACUGCAAAAUAAACAUUCAUAUUAAAUAUAUUAUAUACACCCAAAUCUGAUUGAUAUCACAGGAGGGAGGGGGGGGGGUAUUUACUGAGGGACACCCUUUCCCCUGCAUUGUUGUCGCUAGUCUCAGUGUGUUGUUGCACUGCUUCAGGCCUUCCACCCGCGAGGCAGACCGUCUCGGAGGUGUUAUCUGUGAGCCUUUUUACUUUGGCGUGUGCAACGUGUGUCUUUUUAUUGCCCAUUUGAAUGUUUCUCAUGCGGCGUAUCUUCCGUUGAGUCCUCAGAUGUGUGUUUGUGUUGAAUUGUUCAAUAAACCGCGUGAACGGCG